GGAUUUGUUUCAUGUCUGAUAGACAGAAGGGUUUGUUGAAGGCAAUUAGUGAGGUUUUCUCAAAUGCCUUCAAUCGAUAUUGUGCAAGGCAUAUCUUUGCCAACUUCAAGUCUUAUUUUCCUGAUGUUAAGGUCAGGAACUUGUUUUGGGCAGCAUCUAGGUCAACAAAUAUUAAGGAUUUUAAUGUUGCAAUGGAGGGUAUCAAGGCGGUUGAUUUGGGUGCAUAUACUUGGUUGAAGGACAUUCCAGUGGAUAAUUGGAGCAAGCAUGCAUUUGGGACUGAUGUUAAAGUAGAUCAUGUAACUAACAACCUUACAGAAUCGUUUAAUAGUCAGAUUGAUAGUAUUAGGAACAAACCAAUUCUGCAAUUGGUUGAAAGCUUGAGGACAAAAGUAAUGAAAAAGUUUAGCAAAAGGGAACAAAAAGCUAAGGACUGGCUAACAGAUCUUCCCCCAUCAGUUCGAGCUAAGGUCAACAAAUUCCAAAGGGAAGGGAGGCACAUUCAGGUUAUUCAUGUUGGAAAUUCAGAGUUUGAGGUUUUGCAUGAACCUGUUACAGUUUUGGUGGAUUUCAGCAAGGCCAUAUGUGAUUGUGGAGUCUGGCAAAUAUAUGGAAUUCCCUGCAAACAUGCCAUGGCAUGUAUCACUCACUUGGGGGUCAGCCUUAUUCCAUACGUGGCCAGUUGCUUGUCAAAGGAAGCAUAUAUGUUGACCUAUGCAGGGAAGAUUCAUCCAAUACCUGAUGAAUCAUCCUGGCCACAAAUAAAAGGUGACAAAGUCCAUCCCCCUGCAAACAAAAGGAAGCCUGGCAGAUCCAAACUUGCAAGGAGAACGGAGUCCGAUGAGCUAGCCUCACAUAAAAGAUCAUAUGUUUUAAGGUGUGGGGUUUGCAAAGCCAUAGGUCAUAACAAGAGGACAUGUCCAAAUGUUCCUUCACAUGCAAAGAAGAAGAAAAAAUCAGAUGGUACUGCUAGAGGUGAAGGAAGCCUUAUAAAUGUCCAUGAACAUCCAACAGUUGAUGCCCAGAAAAAAGAAGAGGAACUUGCUCCAGGAAAAUGCACAGGGAACUUCUUCAUCCUAACUUCAAGGCUCAUCAUCCCAACCCAUUGUGACCCGAGUUCUUUGGUUUUCUCAGCCAUAGCCACUGCAGCAAGUCCACAGUAUCAAGUUCAGUAAUAUUUUAAUAAAUAGUUAAGGAUUUUGAUAUCAGGUUGUACAUUGGGAGCUUUAGUACAUUUAAAUGCUUUUUGGUUGUAUUGAGGAAUGCAAUUUGUGUUUAAAAUUAGAUGCAAAUUGUUUCUUCAAUGUAGGUUAGUUAUAAGAAUAUUUUGAUAGGUGUACAUGGUGACUUUCAUCAAGCAAAUGUACAUGAAGGCUAGGAUACAUAUAGUGCAUAGCAUAGAGGACUGUGUCAUCUUUUUUUUUUUUUUUGUUUUUGAGACACAGCACAGAUUUAGAUAUGUACAAAAUAUUAGUCCAAUAGGAUUGCAACCCCGUUACUUUUUGUAUAGCCAAUGGCUCUUAUGACACUUUGAAAUAUAUUUUGUUACACUUGAAAAUUUAAUGAAAUGCCAUUACAACUAUUGAAC